AGGGGGGGCCUGGCAGCCACCUGCCUGCCGCGGUGCCCCCGGCUGGAGCAGCAUCCCCACGGGAUGCUGAUGGACGGAGCUCCGGGCUCCGUUAUCCCUCCGUGGGACGGCCCGGGGGGCGGCACAGGAAAGGAGGCCCCUGGGGAAGCAGCUUUGUUGCUUCCUCACGCUGGGUUGUGAUCCAGGCCAGCGUUCCCAGCUCCCGGCGUCACACCCUCUCCCAGCUGUUGCCUCGCCGAGCAUCGCGGGCGCUGCCAAGAAAACCUUUGGUGAUGGAUGCAGCUCCCGCCCCGCUGCCUUAAAAGCGGCGGGGAGCGGCACCGGGCCUGUGUCUGUCCCGGCACGCCGGGAUCCGCCUGGGAAUGGGAUCCCGCUGGCACCCAGGGCACCCCCAGCUCGUCCUGCCCAGCCUGGAGCAGUGGGACAGCGUUGGCACCGCACGAGCUCAUGCCCUAGGCCGGUGUGGAGGGAGCUGCUGCUGUGCCCUGGGACACUGAAGUGUCACCUGUCCCCCAUCCCGACAGAGAGGAGAGAGCAGGGGCAGAUCCCUGGCUGCAGAUCCCAGCAUCCCAGCUCCCCAGGAUCACACGGAUCAGCUGCCAUUCCCAGGGACGAUGGCGCUUCCCAACCUGUCCGAUUACCUGGACGGCCUCAACAAUAACUACAGCGACUACCCCGACUACACCUACGAGGACACGGGCAGCGUGUGGGCAGACCCGGCCCACGACCCCAAGGACAUCACCAGGAUCCUGUCCGUCAUCAUCUACACCGUGUCCUGCGUGCUGGGCAUCCUGGGCAACGGCCUCGUCAUCGCCAUCAUCACCCUCAAGAUGAAGAAGUCGGUGAACGCCGUCUGGUUCCUCAAUCUGGCCGUGGCCGACUUCCUCUUCAACAUCUUCCUGCCCAUCAACAUCGCCUACACGGCCAUGAGCUACCACUGGAUCUUCGGCACGGUCAUGUGCAAGCUCAACUCCUUCCUCCUCAUCCUCAACAUGUACACCAGCGUCCUGCUGCUCACCACCAUCAGCUUCGACCGCUACGUGUCCGUGGUGUUCCCGGUGUGGUCGCAGAACCACCGCUCCACCAACCUGGCCUACGGGGUCUGCGUGGUCAUCUGGACCCUGGGCAUCGUCAUGAGCUGCCCCUCGCUCGUCUUCCGGGACACGGCACAGACCAGGAGCUCCGUGAUUUGCUUCAGCAACUUCUCCCUCUCCAGGAAUAAAUCCUACGAAGGGCUGGCUCUGGUGAGGCACCGCACGGUGAACAUCACCAGGUUCCUGGCCGGCUACAUCCUCCCCAUCACCAUCAUCACCUUCUGCUACGUCGCCAUCGUCCUCAACCUGCGCCGCAACCGCCUGGCCAAGUCCAAGAAGCCCUUCAAGAUCAUUGUCACCAUCAUUGUCACCUUCUUCCUGUGCUGGAGCCCCUACCACCUGCUGAACCUGCUGGAGACGGUGCCCGGUGCAGUGCCCUGGUCUGUGUUUGAGAUCUUCAUCCCGCUCACCACGGCUCUGGCAGCCUCCAACAGCUGCAUGAACCCCGUCCUCUACGUCUUCAUGGGCCAGGACUUCAAGAAGUUCAAGGUGACCCUCCUUUCCAGGCUGGUGAACGCCCUCAGCGAGGAGACAGGACACUCCAGCAUCGUGCACAGGAGCUUCUCCAAGGUCUCCUCCAUGACUGAGAAAGAGACAACGGUUGUGUAAACUCAGCCUGCAGGAUGGACAGAAUCUCCUGGUGAUGGCACUCUGAUGGUGACCAGCCCUGGUGUUGUCAAACAUUGUUCUGCACUGCCCAUUUUUGACUGGUGUUGCUGCCUGGGGGCUGGCAGGGGAUGGAGACGCCUAAGGGAUGGAGAAGACACAACCACCCUUGAUCUGGGAUUGCAAAAAUCCUUCUGCCAAACUAAACACAUUUUUGGGCAUUCCCUUCCAAACUGUGCAGUGCCUGACCCAGGAAGGGCUUUCCUGGUGUUUCCAGAGUGGGGUGCAGGAUAUCAGGAAGGCAUCUCCUGUGCCAUGGCCAAAUUGGUGACACUCGGUCCCGUGUCUGUGUGUGGCUCCUCAUGGGAAAUUCCUGAGGUAUUUUGGUACCAGAACAAGGUCUUUGUGACUUUUUUUGGGAAGUGUCCUUAGGAGGGGUUGGAAUAUCCCACCUCAAAGAACUGGGAAGUCUCAAAUGUCUUCUAAGUGACCCAGACCCAGGGCCACCUUCCAGUGUGGGGAUUGGGCUCAUGCCCAGGGUCACCAGCAUGGAAAACUGGGAGAAGAAAGAGGGAAAGGUCAAUUUGAAAUGUGUUUUUAACCCUCCUUUUGAUGGGCACAUUCCACACGGUACAUCCUGCAGGAGAGGUGGGCGCUUGGGACCAGGAGCAGGCCCAUGAGCUGGGAAUGAGCUUCUGGGGAGGACCUGCUGUUCCCUCAUGCACAUCUUGGGAUACCCUGGGAAUCUCCUGGGAGACUCUGCUGCCACACACCGAUCUCUGCAGUGAAGGAUGAGCCACCACUUCAAUCCAGUUUCACACCCAGUUAAUUUUGGAGCUCCUUCUCCAUUAGAGCUCCUUCACCACAGCCCUGGUGUCGCCCUCAUUCAUGUGUCACUCCCUGGAGCUGGAAUUAGGCAGCCCUCAGUAGCCCUUGGGGACAUUUCAGGAGGUCCCUCAGGGAGAUUUGUGCAGGUUUUGGUAGUUGAGAAUCUGCUCCCAAGUGCCCACAGGGGCCAAAAUAUUUAUUUAUAGCUUUCCUUGGAAAUCAGAAAAUGGAAAAUAAAAUGGAGAGACAUCUCCCAGGAAAAGGCAGGGAGCUAUUUCCAGGCAGCAGAUCCUGAAAUCCUGCAGCAGGAGUGGGAUUUCAGGAUGCCAGGAUUUCAGGAUGUCAGGAUUUCAGGAUUUUGGGAUUUCAAGAUGUCAGGAUUUCAGGUUUUCAGGAUUUCAGGAUCUCAGGAUUUCAGAUGGAUUAUCCAGCAUCCUCUCCGCCCUGGCACUCCUCACUGCUCCACCUUGAUCUCAUCACCUCCUCCCUGUGAUGGGACACUCAGCACCUGGAUUGUCCCUGUGUCUCCUGGGGCUGGGAUGCACCCACUUCCCUAGGGAGCACUGCCAAGCCCAGGGCUACUCCCAGCCCCGAUGCACAGAGAUUUUUCCCCCCAAAUCCAUGUUGGAUCCAUACCCAUGGAAUAUGUGUUGCAUGAGGAGACUGCAGGGCAUCUCUGGUGGUGGGAGGAGGCUCCUCUUGCUCAUUUUCCCCAGUAUUUAAUUAAUAUUGCUGGAAUGUUGCCAGGAUCCUAUUAGGAGUGGGAUGGGACAGAUGGACACCCAGGGACAGACAGAAUUUGCAGAGGAUCUGUUUAGGGAGCAGUGGGAAUGGGAUGUACCCAGAGCCAGCAGCUUCUGUGGCUUUUUGGGCUCAGGGUUUGGAGGAGGCCUGGAUGUGGGAACAGUGGGAUGAAGCCUCAAGGACUGGAUGCCAUCCCACAGCCCCUCAGGCUGGUGCUGGGAUGUUCAUAAUGGAUUCAGGAUGCUCCUCACUAAUUCUGGUGUCUGUUUUUUCCAAGCCCAUCUGUUAUUGCUCCAAACAGCUUUCCAAAAAAAAAAAAAAAAUUAAAAUAAAUUAAAAAAGCAGUGCCUUGGUACUUACCCUGGGGUUAAAUCAUCCUUGUAAUGGCAGCUUGGCAAUCCCAAGUUUCCCAAAUAUUUGGAUGCAUCUUUGUAGCUGUUUUGCUUAUUUAAUAAAACCUCUGUUUUCCA